GCUCAGCAAGCAUGCAUUGAAAUGAGCCGCCAUGUCGCAGCCUCCCUUCCCUCUCCCCUGGGGAUUGCAAUACCAGCACAGAGACCCCGGAACACCGCGGCGAGAGACAGGCUACGACGCACACACGCACGCGCUGCACGUGCACGCACACACGCAGCCGCUGUACACACAGAGACACACACACAUCGAACCGCAACAGACGCAAUGCAAAGGAGAAAGUGAAGACACGCGAGAGUAUCGCGAUUAUAGAGAACAAUAUCAACUUCACAGAUGCAGUUCGUACAGCAAAAACGCAGAAGAAGAGAAUAAGAGUCGAGAGGAGACUGUGAGCAGCUCGGCUGACCCGUGGGGAGACCGGCUUGUGAGCAGUUCUCUCUGCCAGGCCAGCAGUUCCCGAGCUGAAGCCUCCUCCCCGCACCAACAUGUUAGCACCACGCACUCUGGCGGCAGACGCGGAGCGCUACAACUCUGGCAGUUCCUAGUGUCCCUGCUCGCGGAGGGCGCGCGCUGCGUCGCGUGGACCGGCCGCGGGCUGGAGUUCAAACUGCACGAGCCUGAGGAGGUAGCGCGUCGCUGGGGAGCUCAGAAGAACCGACCAGCGAUGAACUACGACAAACUAUCGCGAUCACUUCGCUACUACUAUGAGAAGGGCAUUAUGCAGAAAGUUGCAGGUGAACGCUACGUUUACAAAUUCGUCUGCGAUCCGGAAGCCCUGUUCAACAUGGCGCGCACCCCCCCUCCCUCCUAUGACGUCAUCUCCCAACUCUACUACCCCCCCUACAUCCCCACUACCAGUAGUAAUGACUAUCCUACUACUACAAGUAGGAGGUACUAUGAUACGCAGUUUGAUACGUAA